CGAAACUGCCCAGAGUCCGGGCCACGGGGCUUCGGAGGACUUGGGUCAGCGCUGCAAAGGGGGUGCCUGCGGAGCUCUUGCUGGGUGCACAGCGCCCCGGGCCUUGGGCGGGGGUCUGGGGCAGGGCUGCAACGGCCACAGGCGCAGCUUGGAAGGCCCCCUGGGGCUGGGAGGAGCAAGAGAGGCCCCCACCAGCCUGUCACAGGCUCUUGGCACUGGCACUGGCUCUGGCUUUCACACGCGCACACACACGCACAAGCUCACACACACGCGCACACUCACACUCACACUGGCAGGCCCCCUCUUGGUGGCCUCCACGGUCUCAUCUUCAGGUCCUGCCUCCCAGGCUCAAAGCUGGCUCCGUGGAGGACACAGGGACAUGAGAGACGUGCCACAGACCCACCUUCUGGCCUUCUCCCUCCUCUGCCUCCUCCCAAAGGUGUGUGCCCAGCUGUGCCCGACGCCGUGUGCCUGCCCCUGGCCACCGCCCCGAUGCCCACUGGGGGUGCCCCUGGUGUUGGACGGCUGCAGCUGCUGUCAGGUGUGCGCACGGCGGCUGGGGGAGCCCUGCGACCAUCUCCACGUCUGCGACCCCAGCCAGGGCCUGGUCUGCCAGCCCAGGGCGGGCCCUGGUGGCCGAGGGGCCGUGUGCCUCUGGGGAGAGGAUGAUGGGAGCUGCGAGGUGAACGGCCGCCUGUACCGGGAUGGGGAGACCUUCCAGCCCCACUGCAGGAUUCUCUGCCACUGUCAGGACGGUGGCUUCACCUGUGUGCCCCUGUGCACUGAGGACGUUCGGCUGCCCAGCUGGGACUGCCCGCACCCCAGGAGGGUUGAGGUCCCUGGCAAGUGCUGCCCUGAGUGGCUGUGCGACCAGCGAGGGGAGCUGGGGGUCCAGCCCCUCCCAGCCCAAGGUUUCCCUGACCGCAGCUGGGAGGGGCUGGUGGCUGAGGAGACUAGGAAAGCCGAGUGGGGCGUCACAAGACCUCUUUAA